AUGUCAAAUCAGGGUGUAGUCAGGAGUAUAUCAAACAGACCAACAGAGCACAAAUGUGUCCAUAUUAGACCAAAAGUACAAGAUAAUGGCACUACCCCUGAGAUACAAACUAAAGAUACACAAUGUGGACCAGACAAUGUAGAACCAAUAGAUAAGAACUUUCAAUUCCCAGAAAAUCAGGAGGUUUUAGAUGAAUAUAGAUUGAAUAUUGAAGAUGAUUUUGUGGAUGAUGUUGAUGAUGAUCCAGAUUGGGAACCCUCUGAAGAAGACUUUGUUGACAUGGACGAUGAUGAUGAAGAUGAUGAGAAUUCAAGUGUCUGGUAAGAGUUGGUUUGUAUUUAUAUUUUUAUAUUUGUAUUUCAUUUUGGGAUAUCUAGCUCAAAGUUAACUGUUAUUUACAGUGAUCAUUUAUUUUGGACAAGUUUCUACAAAACAGGUAUUCAGAGAGCUAGAUUUUACCAACUUAGACAACAACUGGUGCUAUUUCUGGCAUAUCAAAUUGAAAAAAUAUGAAAACUUUUUUUUAGCUCAAAUAUGGG